AGGCUAUUAGACAACGACACUAGGAAGUGAUCUAACUCGUGGACAGAGACAUGCGUUUUCUCUAACGUUAUAAAAUAUCACUUUAAAUGUUUUACUUUUACUGCUGCAUAGGCGAUAUAAAGAAGAAGGUGGGUGAUGAGAUGCUAUCUGAAAAAAUCCGUCCUGGUCGGAGCUGGUCUUUUCAUUUUGACCAGCGUCUACAUCUACAUGCAGAGAGCAGAAUCAGGACAAGUCAAGGGUUCAGUGAACUGGAUUUGGGAUAGAGAGACUUGGGUUGAAGAUCUCCAGAGCCAUUACCUGCAUUUCAAUGUUUCCAUUAAAGUUCUGGCAGGAGACCUCCAGCAGUCCAAGAAGUACCUAACGGUGGGCCUCUCGUCUGUGAAGAGGAAAAAGGGCAGUUAUCUUCAGGACACUCUUCAGUCAAUCUUCACCGCGUCCUCAGAGGAAGAGCUGGAUCAAAUGGUGGUGGUCGUCCUUCUCGCUGACUUUGAUGUGAGCUGGAUCCGGGAGACCUUACAGAAAAUCACAGAUGAAUUCCAAUUGCAUCUGUCGAAGGGUCAACUGCUUGUUAUCCACGUCAAUGAAGAGAACUAUCCUCCCCUUACAGGACUGAAGAGGAACUUCAACGACGCUCCCGACCGCGUGUCCUUCCGUUCGAAGCAAAACGUGGACUACUCCUAUUUGCUCCAUUUUAGCAGUAACCUCUCCCAAUACUAUAUCAUGCUGGAGGAUGACGUGAGCUGUUCGAAGAACUUUCUCUCCAGUAUGCGUGAGCACAUCCGUUCGAUGGGCCACUCGAAGUGGGUCACGCUGGAAUUCUCCAAGUUGGGCUACAUCGGAAAACUCUACCAAUCCAAAGAUCUGCCCAUUCUGGGCCGUUUCCUUUAUAAUUUCUACCAAGAGAUGCCCUGCGACUUCCUGCUGUCGCAUUUUCACAAAUUGUUGAUGCAGGAUAAAGUCAUUCGUUUCCGCCCAUCUCUGUUUCAGCACAUGGGCACUUACUCGUCAUUUAGGGGGACAUACAAUCACCUGAAGGAUGAGGACUUCAUGGAAGAAGUUGCUGAUAACCCUCCAGCAGACAUUCGCACGAACAUUGAGACUUUUGAGACCAAUAAAGCCGAAAAGGCUUACAGUCAAGAUUUAGAGUACUUCUGGGGCGUGUCCCCUAUUGGCUUAGAAAACUACUUUUUAGUGGUCUUUCAUGAACCGGUUCUUAUCUCCCGUGUCCAAGUACGAACAGGAUCGGAUGGAAAAGAUCAGCUGGUCUCUGCUGAUGUGGAACUUGGGAAAACUCUGGUGAAAACAGAGUCUGCGGUGGAUUGUUCGGGAUUUCAAGCACUAGGUUCUCUUCAGAAAGGACAGUUUAAUGAGCCCGAUGUCCAGAAACUUGUGCCCGCAACCGUGGCAUGUUUACGAAUUCGAGUCACAGCAGCCCAACCGGACUGGGUUAUCAUAAACAGGAUCCAGGUCUGGACUGUUAAAGCUGAAAAAAACACGAGAGAAGCGGUUUCUAAAGCUGUUCUGCGGCGGAAAUGAAUUCAUUAUCAUCGCUGACGUAGAUUUGAAUCUUUAAAAUCUGUGAGGAUCAGGGAUAUUAUUAUAACUUAAACUAAAACUAAAAACAUUAAAAAAAAAAAAACUGUUA